AUGGUUUCAAAAACCCAGAAGAAGUCUGUCGUGCCUGUUGAAAUUAAACUCGAAACUCGCCAUAAUAUCAACUCGACUCGGGUUGGAAAGAUGAAUAUAUGGACACAUCUUAUAGGGUGUCUCGGCUUCGUGGUAACCGCAUUUGCUCUAUACAGACAUGUCAUAAACUCCACAAACCUCCAUCUCACCAUAGGCGAUAAGCUAGCUUUCAGCUCCUCGAUAGCCGCAGCUACCAUCUGCUUCGGUCUCAGUGCCACAUUUCGCACCUUAAGAAGUCACUCAUACAAAGUUCACCACUUCUGGGGAAAGAUGGAUAUUUUCAGCAUUUGCGUGCUCGGGCUCGGAGCCGGAUCAUCAAUGACCUUCUACGCGUUCUAUUGCAGACCAGUCAUUCAAAAGGUAUACUGGGAACUGAACCUCUUCUCGGCUUUAGCUGCUGCAGUCGUUCUUUUCGACACUGGUGGCGGCGGUAGUAAAACGAGAACGCUUCGUGGUGGCGUGUUCAUCUUGCUUGCCCUCUUCGCAUUGUUGCCGUUCUUUUAUAGCGCCGGCCUGAUGGGCUGGAGCUGA